GUUGUGCGCGGCGCAGCAUGGUAGGCGCCCGUGUCUUUCAAACACUCUUCAAAACCCACCGAAAUGUGUCAUCUGUGCUACAUUAUCCAUCGUUAGCCCCGUUUUGCGAUUGUUAGCCCUCUCGUCCAUACAGUCUCCAGAGACCAAUGUUGCUGUGAUUCUAUAUUAAGACUCCUUACAAUUACUCGUCUUUGCGUCCGUUUUUCCAGGCAGAAGGAUGUCCUACUCAAAUAAAAGUAUCUAUGCAGCAUUGCCCAAGACUGAGCGAGGCAAUCCAAUUGUUUUGGGUGGAGAUCCCAAGGGAAAGAACUUUCUCUACACCAAUGGGAAUAGUGUCAUUAUCAGAAAUAUAGAGAAUCCAGCCAUCGCAGAUGUUUACACAGAGCACUCCUAUACUGUCAAUGUUGCCAAGUACUCGCCAAGUGGAUUUUAUAUCGCAUCUGGAGAUGUUUCAGGAAGAGUGCGGAUUUGGGACACAGUUAAUAAAGAACAUCUUCUCAAAAAUGAAUUCACCCCUCUUGGAGGACCCAUCAAGGACAUUGCCUGGUCCUUUGAUAAUGCUAGAAUGGUCGCUGUAGGUGAAGGUAGAGAAAGAUUUGGACAUGUUUUCAUGUCUGACACUGGAACCUCUGUCGGAGUAAUAUCUGGUCAGUCUAAACGAAUAAAUUCUUGUGACUUCCGCCCAAAGAGACCUUUUAAAAUUGUAACUGGUAGUGAGGAUAAUACAGUAGCCAUCUUUGAUGGACUUCCUUUCAAAUUCAGUCGCACAAAGCAGGAUCAUUCAAGAUUUGUUCAAACAGUUCGCUACUCGCCAAAUGGAGACAUAUUUGCCUCUGGAGGGUUUGACGGUAAAGUUUUCCUGUAUGAUGGUGCUACAGAAACUUGUGAUCUCAUCAGUGAAUUAGGCAGUCCUGCCCAUAAAGGUGGUGUGUAUGCGGUAUCAUGGAAACCAGAUGGCAAACAAUUACUAACUGCUUCAGGUGAUAAGACUUGUAAGAUCUGGGAUGUUGAAACAAAACAAGUUGUCACAGAGUUUGUAAUGGGCACGCAAGUAGAUGAUCAGCAGGUAUCUUGCUUGUGGCAGGGCGAUUAUCUUCUUUCUGUCUCUCUGAGUGGUUUUAUUUCAUACUUGGACAUCAAUAAUCCUAGUAAACCUAUUCGAAUCGUCAAGGGUCAUAAAAAUCCUAUCACUAUUUUAGAAGUAAGCUCGGAUAAGAAAACAGUUUACACAGGUUCACAUGAUGGGUAUAUUACUUCUUGGAACACGAAAACUGGUGAGAAUGACAGAAUUGAAGGAGAUGGCCAUGGUAAUUUGAUCACUGGGAUCAAAGUCUCAAAAGAUUCUUUGUACACUUGUGGUAUUGACGACUCUUUGCGGCAAAUUGAUGUAUCAGAAGGUCGUUAUGUCUCCAUCGUCUCAAAAUUAACUUCUCAGCCUCUUGGUAUGGAUGUGUAUGAAGAUAUAGUUGUUGUCGCCACUGUGAAAGAGCUAACAGUCUUCCAAGGCAAUCAAAAGGCGUCAAGUCUCUCCAUCUCGUAUGAACCAUCCUCUGUGGCAAUAAAUAAAAAAUAUCAAUUUGUUGCAGUUGGAGGCUCAACUGAUGACAAAGUCCACAUUUACAAGUUGGAUGGAGUCAAUCUUUCUCCCGUCACAGAAUGUUCUCAUCUAGGAGCUAUAACUGCUGUAUCCUUCUCUCCGGAUGGAGAGUACUUAGUUGCAGCUGAUUGUUAUCGCAAAGUCAUACCGUACAAAGUGCCAGAAUUUCAAUUGGCGCACAACAAAGAAUGGGGUUUUCAUAACGCAAGAGUCGAUUGUGUUGCAUGGUCCCCCAACUCAAGACAGGUUGCCAGUGGCAGUUUAGAUACUAGCAUUAUCAUCUGGAGUUUGGAUCAUCCUGCCAAACACACCAUUAUCAAGAAUGCACACCCGCAGAGCAACAUAACAAGCGUGGCCUGGCUGGACGAUGAAACUGUUAUUUCUGUUGGUCGUGAUUGUAACACCAAAAUUUGGGAAGUUGCACCAAUUUCCUGAACUAAUCAUUGUUAAUAUUUUAUAUUGUAAAAUUUUGGUCCUCAUAAAACUUUUUCUAUCAUUGUGCUUUUCAUCUUCCCUCAAGUGCUGUUGUCUCAACUUCUGGUAUCAUCCAAUUCAUUACCUCUUGCCAUUAGUUGGUAAGUUUAAUCAUCCAGAGUGUUCCAAAAAUUCUUCUUAACAAUCUUUUAGUUUGUGUUGCAUUUCCCAGAAAAAAUGUAUUUACCAGCAUUGCCUGCUGUUCGGUUAUUUUCAAGCUAUCGUACUAAACAGUCAAUUUUCUGGAAGAAGGCCCUCAAUUUUUAUUUUUCAGACUGAAGCCUUUUUCUCGCUCAGUUUCUAUGUGCAUGUUUACAGCUCAUCCUACUCUCUCUAAAAAUUCGAACAUCAAGUUAUCGGUAGUGGUCUUACUUGUAAUUGAAUAUGUGUGUCGACCUAUCCCACAACAGAAAGGAUUGCAUGGUUUUCCCUCAGUAUGGAUGAUGCUGAAAAAUCUCUCCUUUCAGGAUUUUCCAAAAGUGAUCAAUGUAGACUCUGUGGAAAUGCUCAGAAAUAGUAAUAGAUUGAUUAAGUAAUUCUCGUACAAAGUGAAUAAAUGUGCCUCUACUUGUCAUCUGUUUUCAUACAUACUGCCUCAGUUUGUGCUCAGACUGUGAACUCAGGAGUUUAAACUUCCUAAGUUUAAUGUGAUUCAUGAUUGCCUGUACUUGUCAGAGUGAUGCAUACUUGUACUAUUUUUUCGGACCCUCAGAAAAUAUGGGUAUGAACUGAAAAUGACAGAAUAUUGAAUAUUGCACUAAAUAAUUGGUUCUCGCUUACUGUUUUACAACUUUUCACAAUCAAAAUAAAUCAUAUUUUGUUCAUAAUCACUGAAUCUCGUUCAAAUUGAGUUACUGAGUUAGACUCAGGAAUUUCGUCAAACUUGACUGAGCAUUGAAGUAUGGAAUCCUGUAAGAUCUGAAUUUAUUUUCAAUUGAACUGUUAGUUUAAGCUGAUCAGAAUCUAGGAAGAUAUUUUAGAUAUAUCUCUGUUUUCUUAACAGCUCCUUCCCACUCUCAGGAUUUUGCAUUCUGCAUUUAAUAAACUUUGUCGGUAAAAUACAUUGAUAAUCCACUUAACCGCCUAACAUUCAUUGCAUUCAUUGUCAGACUGAAAUUUACAUAGUGGUUUUUGUUAGUCAAGUUUUAUAACGUCUCUUAAGGUGAAUAAAUUAACUCAUUAUUUUAUUGUAUUGUGAAAUAAAAUUUAUCAGGGCAAACAACAAAAACUUGUUCAAAAUUUUCUGGAUCAUCAUAAUCUAUAUUAGUGAAAUAAUUUGUUUUAUUUACUAAUAUGAACAACCAAAAAACAUAUAUCUGGGAACAAACAGCAUUUACUUUUUUUUUUAUUUCUAUGGGCAAUCCCCUCUCCCCCCUUUUUUUACUUUUCUAGAGAAGACACAUUUUUUUGUCCUCUCCUAUUCCUUUAUUUUGAAACUACUCUUUGGUAAACUUUAAUACAAAUAAAAAAAUAGUGACAAAGAUGGUCUGGUCACUCAUUCUUUUCUGUCAAAUUACACCCGAGAUCACUAAAGAGAGAAGCAAUAAACAUGGAUAUUGAAUGUCCUUUGUGAAAAAUACAAGCUUUGAACGAGUGAAUUUUACUAGAUGACACAUGAUUAGGUUUUAUCAAUUUCUUCUUUGUUUCCAAGUUCUUAUGCUUCCAAAA